AUGUGCUUCUACGACCAAUACCAAAUGGCCUGCAAAGACUUUAAGUGGGGAAACUUUCGCCAGCACUGCUCCAAAGAAUAUCGCACUGGCGAAACUUGUGGCAUGAAACUAGUCAUGAGCACGAUCCCAGUGGCCGACAAAUGCAAGCUUUGCCUGAAGAUUGAGACUAAGCAGGGGCGUGUUUUCAAGGAGCAGGAGCGCAUCAGGCGGUGGAUCAAGGAAGAGCAGCGUGGGCACCAACGGGGUGCUUCAAUCGAAGCAUCGCAACACACCGUUGCCCAGCUGGAAUAUGAGAUUAGAGAUCUCCACUACCAGCGCGGCCAGGCCCAGACCACAACGAGAUGA